AUGUUGAGGUAUUUUAAGAAAAUACGAGAUGAACCUACUUCAAACAAGUCAUCUCCCCCUCCACCACCUCCUCCUCCUCCGCCUCUUCCACCAGCUCCUCUUGAUGCUGAUUCAAAUGAGUAUCCUAGUGAUCCUGGGCUAAGAAAGCACAUUCUUGAGUAUAAUGUUAAUGAAAGGGAGAUUGUUCGACGUUACUAUUUGCAAAAAGCAUUGCAAAAGAUGCGGCUUUUUGUCUUUAUUGCUAUUUAUUCAAAACGGAUCAUGGUGGUCAAAAUGGUGGUGAUUCUUUUGUUACUGAGGGAUUUAAAAAUUAGAGAAAGAAAGAAAAAUUUAAUGAACAUGUUGGAAAUCAGAGCAGCAUUCACAACAGCAUCAAUUGAUUGCAUAAGAUUUCUUGUGCGUCAAGGAGUAGCAUUUCAUGGUCAUGAUGAAUCAACAAACUCACUCAAUCAUGGUAAUUUUCUUGAAUUGUUAAGAUUUCUUGCUGACCAUAAUGAGGAUAUCAAUAGAGUUGCACUAGACAAUGCUCCCUCAAAUCUCAAAUUGACAUCGCCUGAUAUUCAGAAAGAUAUUAUCAGAUCCAUUGCUUAUUUAACCACUAAUUCUAUUCUUGGAGAUCUCAGAGAUGAAUUAUUUACUAUAUUGGUUGAUGAGGCUCGUGAUAUAUCUAUUAAAGAACAAAUGGCAGUUGCUUUACGGUUUGUAGAUGAAAGGGGAAAUAUUGUUGAGCGCUUUCUAGGCAUUGUACAUGUAAGCGACACUACUGCCUUAUCACUUAAAACUGCUAUUGAUUCUUUGUUGUGCCAACAUGGAUUAUCUAUAUCUAAUUUGCGAGGGCAAGGAUACGAUGGAGCUAGCAGUAUGAGAGGAGAAUUCAAUGGCUUAAAAAGCUUAAUUAUGAUGGAGAACCCUUCUGCUUAUUAUGUUCAUUGUUUUGCUCAUCAACUGCAACUUACACUUGUAGCUGUUGCUGAAAAUCAUAUAAGAAUUUCUACUUUUUUUGAUGUGGUUGCACAAUUGAACAAUAUUGUUGGAGCAUCAUGCAAGCGAAGAGAUAUACUUCGUGAGAAACAAUUUGAAAAAGUUAUUAAAGGAAUUUGCAAUGGUGAUAUCUUCACUGGACAAGAGGAGGGAAAAGAUCACAAGCAAAGGGCACAAGCAAAUAAUCUGUUAGAAUUGAUUGGAAAAUAUGAAUUUAUAUUUCAGAUGCACUUAAUGAAGAAUAUCUUGGGAGUCACGAAUGAUUUAUCGCAAGCUUUACAAAGAAAAGAUCAAGACAUUGUAAAUGCCAUGAUUCUUGUAAGAUCAAGCAAACAUCAACUGCAAAGUAUGAGAGAUGAUGGUUGGGAUUUGUUACUGAAUGAAGUUUCUUUAUUUUGUGUUAAGUAUGAGGUAGUCACCCCGCACAUGGAAGACUUGUUCGUCUUUGAUGGGAGAUCACGAUGA